UCUCGAGCAAUGGAGGAGAUCAACGCCACACCACAUUGGAUAAUAAACGCUAGAAAAAACAUUGAACAUUCACAGCAGUGGAAAGGUUUCACUGCAGAGCUGUUUGAUGCAGUCCAACAGCAGCUAGUGGAGAGUCAUGUUAACUUCUUCACUGAUCUCUCCGAGGCAGAGAAAACACUGUUUCUGGAGAGAGCUGCUAAAGCUAUCCGCAGAGGAAAUGCCUACAAAGAAGUUGUGCUUCAGAUCAGCUCCUGCUUAGAGGAUCAGCUGAGCAGCUGUGUUGCCAUAGAGAUGCAGGAGAGUGGCAGCGUGUCUACCAAAUCAGAUCGCUUUCAGAGUCAUGUCCGGGAUGGAAUGGUCAAUCUUUUACAAAAGUGGCCUGACAUGAAAUACAAACUUCAUGCCCUCUUCAAUCACCCUUUAUCUUCAGAAAUCAGAAAAGUUGCUUGGAGACUCUUUCUGUCCAACACAAAGGCUCGUAUGGAAUACUUGACUAGGGUGUCAACGAACAAAGCCAAGUUCAGCAUUGACUUGGACAUUUCCAUGAAAUGUGACACUUUGCUUUCCACAGAGCCAACAUUCAAACACCUACGAGACAGUAAAAUUGCUGCAAAAGCGAUGAAAAAUGUCCUCACUUAUUACCACCGAAUCCAGCGCUUGAAGAACAGUCUCCCAGACACAGAGUACUCUUUGCUGGUGCCGCUGGUCCAGGCUGCCAUUGCAGGGACCGCACACAGCACCUCUGUUGCCACGGUUACCACUCUCCUGGUAGAAGAGUAUAUUACAUUGAUGGAAUCAAGGCCUUCGUUUAUGAGAAACUCAGAAAUAAGGCACAAGGCUUCUGCUAACACUGAAGGGGUUGUUGUGUUUGAAGAAGUGGCUCAGAUGCUUGGACAAAAGGACAAGGAACUGUCCAAUGUGAUUCAGAAAAUAUACACACAACAAGGUGACGAGCCUGGUGAAUCCUUAUGCAGAGGUGUAGAGAACGUUCUGCAGGCAGCACUAGGAGUCCUGUUUGUGGGCUAUUUAAACAUGACCACAUUACUGUACAUCUGGGAUCAGUAUGUCAUCGGACUUGAUAAGCCUUCCUACGACUGCGCACCUGCAUUCAGUUUCACUUUUCUGCAUCUUCUGAGAGACCAUCUCCUGAAAUGUAGCACAAAAGAUGAGCUGGCCGCAGCGCUGCGAUCUCAAGGACCCCUGCUAACAGUUGGUCAGUUUCAGAGUGUCAUCAGCAAAUAUUUUUAUGGAGACCUCUAUAGUACAUUAACCAAAGAUAAUGCGGAGAGCUUCCCUGUUCUGGAUCCAACUCAAACAUUGUUUCCACCGUGGACCCACUUGUCAAGCAAUGAAAUUCCUUUGAGAACCCGACCUAAAGACAGAAGACAGGCAAGGGAAGAACGAGAGGCUCUGAGGACGAUUCACAUUGAGAAGAUGAAACAAGAGGAACGGCAUAGAAAACUAAAGGAGAAAGAAGAGAUCAGGCUGGAGGAAGAACGGUUGCAGAGACAGCUGGAAGAAACCAAACGGAUCAAUAAUGAGCAGAGGCUGUACCUUGAAGAACAGCUGGCAGAGGAAAGGCAGCAUCGCUAUGACAUUCAAAAGAAAGCAGAGGAGCAGAUCGGCCUGCUGCAAGCGGAAAUCAGGAAGAUCAAGGGAGACAGACGGGUAAAACCCUGCAGCAGUCUGAUUAUUACAAGCAAUCUGCAACACUCCCUUUCUACUCUGCUCUGUGCCAAUAUGAGCAGAGCACACAAUGUUAGGAUGAUCUCAUUGGCUUUUUGAUCGGGUAAAAAGGGGGCUUCUGUGUAAUCAGGGGGUUUUGAUUAUUUUGAAAUUUGAGUACUAGUGGAUUUUCACAGCUAAAUUGGAAAAAGCUUUAAAUACAGGUAUGUAAAUGUACUGGUAUUAACUGCUUUUUUUUUCUUUCUUGUAGCCUUCUAUUAG